AUGACCAACAUCUUUUCUGGGGACGAUCCCCUCUCUUUCAUAACGGGACGCAACAUCUUUCGAGUGUUUGCCGACUUGGAGAAGACCCAAGAUGAUGCCUGGCGUGAAUAUGUUGCCAAGGUGAAACAGGAGUUCAGCAACUGGGUCCAAGAACUCCACGCUAUAUACCCACAGGAUCAUUUCGAACCAUUGAGGGAGACAGCGAAGAAGAAGGGGCACGACCGAAUGCUUCACGCUCUUCGGUCCGAGCCGUCCGAGACCGAGCUGGACAUUGCGAACCUAGCUCUCCAUCACCUAAGGGGAGACCAGCAGGCAUCGCUUGUCCAUCGACCUGACCACACAGUUGAUUUAAGGGUGGCCCGUCCGCAUACCCAUGCACGUUCGAGCACCAUCGACCCCGAGACGCGGCGUUCCACGUCAAGUACAAGCCUUGCCCUGGUGGGUCAUGGACAUGGAAGCGGUAUCUACAUCAGCGAUAGCGAUGAGGACGAUGACCUACAAUCUUCGCCCGAGAGCGAAUCUGGUAGCGUUUUCCCGGAUCACGUCACCAAGGAAGAGGUGAAGCUCAACGGGGAGUUCGCCUUGGGAUGGCCGUACAAGCAAGGCAAGAUCUUCGUGCUGAGAUGUCGUAUUUGUCCCGAGAAGUAUUUAAGCUACAUGCUCGACGCGGACCUGUUUUGGGCUAUGGAAAAUAAUGACCAGAUCGUACCGCGGACGAAGCUAGCGGAACAUGCCAAUCCCAGAUGUCCACCCAAUCUGGCUGCAACUAUCCACGCGAUACCUCAGGCUCCACCCACAACAACACGGAAACCUUCACGCUUCUUGGCAUCGCUUCGUCCCAGCCCCAGACCUGUCGACAGAGCCGCCAGAGAGUCUAUUGUUGCUGCCAGAAGCUCUGCUGCCGGCGAAGAGCCCUUCAGCCUCAAGCCUGUUGUCGUGCAGCUACCGUCGCCGCAAACACCAAACGCCCCGUCCAGUGUACACGUGGCCCCAGUGCGCUUCAGUUCAGAUCAUGCACCACCCACUAAUAACCCUCGCGAUCUCGGUGAAUCCAAGCACGACUACGCCAACCGCCAGCUCAACUCGUCGAACAUAUUUGUGGCAAAAAGAACACCUAGAAGCACGUAUCAGGCCGAGAGUGCGAGGUAG